AUGUCAGAAAAACGGUAAGACACCAUAGUAGUAAUUACUUUCUCUCAUCAUGUAAAAUAAUAUCGAGCAUAGCUAACUCUUACUGCGUUUACCUUUGAAGUUACAUUGAAAUUCGAAAAAGUCAUACUUUUUACAGUGUCACGGCUACUUAUUGUUUUUCAUAAUAGAAAGUAAUCAUAAUAAUCAAUCUUACUCCUUCACUUUCGACUGUAAUGCAGACUGUUAGGACUUUGUUUAAUUUGAUUCCUUCAAUUUUGUAUGACCGAGAAUCAAUCCAUUUGUUAUAAUCAAUGUUAUAUCAAGAUACGAGUAUCAAUUUUGUUUUUAUGAUCGUGCACUUUAAUUUACGUUAUAUUUGAUUGACGAUACCAUUUUUCCUUACUACUUUAACCGUACAAUACUAUUUAUGUCAAAACAUGUACUCUACCACUGCGUACUGAAAUAUCUCUUAAGCUUACUUUUGCUUUUUGACCUGUCUUAUUCACACAUAAUACCGUUGUUUUCGAAGUCUUUUUUGAAUUUAAUAAAACAUUUCAUUGCCUAAUCAACAUUCAAAUCUGUCAUAAGUAAAAUCGAGAAAAACAAAAAGAUUUUGAGUAAAAACAAUAUUUGAAUACCAAAUCCUGAAAAUCUAAGAAAAGACGUCAUGACCUUAGUGACCAGUCUGCUUACGUAAUACCUCUGAAUUCCCGCGCAUAUCAUUCCGAUUCGCGAAAGUCAAUUGAACUAUGAUUACACAGCAUAACAUUUAUAAAGUAUAAAGUAAAUUACUAAAACAACAUUAGUUACCUUAAAAAUAAACGUUAGCAGUAGCUUUAUCAAUGACAGUAAUCUGAUAAUGCAAAAGUGAGAUUACUCUCUUAACAGUUAUAUCACUCUAUCUUCUUUUAAACCGGAUCCCCGUUUUUUAGGGUUUUACCCAUCCGAUGACCAUCUUAAGUUUCGCAAGUCAGAUCAUAUUUUCCGCUUUUUAAGAAGUUAAUCUUAAUUGCCGUUAAGUUUGCAACGUCUAGUAGAUUAUCAAUUAUCUAUAUUGAUUUAUAAUACCCUGAAUGUAAGCUAAAAUGCAUAACGCAAAAUUUUUUAUACGAACUUUUUGAAAUGCUCACCGUUAAUUUUUUGAAUUAUUUUGAAAUUGCAUCAAACCAAAGUCUGCACCGUGCUCUUUUUACGAAAACCUUUUAGAUGAAAGUACACUUUUAUAAAUUAUGAUUAUAACUUCUUAUAAAUAUUAACACUAUCGUCAUAUUCGAGCCAUGUAUGUUUCAGAAAAGGUAUAUUUGGGAAGGUCUUCAUGAAAAGGCGGGUGGCAGACAGCGAUACUGGUGGGAAUGUUCCGAAUGGACAAGAAAUGUAAGUCAUUUCAAUUUUUACACCUUCUAAUGUCACUAAUCUCAACGAAAAGUCAAUCAAACAGUUCUACAUUUUCGAAUGGUUUGUUUAGACAGAUUCAAAACCUUCGAACGUUUUAUUUUUUUUAAUUUCAAACGGCACUUUAUCAAAAAUAAUGUGAAACUGAUGUCAACAUACCUAAAACACGACAUUAGACCCGAAAACCCCAUCAAAUAUUUAUUACCGAUAUCGAAAAAUGCUUCUGAUCCUCGAUUCCAAACAAAAUUUGGUUUUUUUGAAAACCUUGUUUGGGGAAUGUCUACAAAAUAUGUCAUCAUGACAGUAUUUUUAGACAUUCUUUGUAUUUUGGAAAUAUUUCAUCAAUUUACUUUGUCAAAUUACAGCUAAAUACCGAUUGAUUGCUCGAUUUAGAGGUACAUAGGUUUUCGAAUUUAUAAUCUGUUGUUCUAGCAUUCAGAUAUUGUCAUACGGUUCAUUAAAUUAAUUUUAUCCACAAUUUGUCAAUUUUUUACAUUUUUUUGCAGGAAGACGGUUCACAAGGACUCCAUCUCCUCUAGCGGCACUUCCUCCAGCUCUCAGGGUAUGUUUUUUGGUUUUAUUUAUUUAAUUUAGGUACCAAGACUAUAUUUUAAUUUCUUGCGGAGGUUGAAACUAAAUUUGUUGUGGAUACUAUAAUAUAUGCCGUUAUUUGUAAAAUUACGUGAUUUUGCAGUAGAUUUAUGACUAAAAUGACAAAUUAGGGUAUGGUAUAUUAGGUUUUUAUUUUAGUUCAUGUUUUAUUUAAUGCUACUAGCAAUUUAACUGCUCUGGAUGUUAUUUUUGUUAAAGCGAGGGCUAUCUUUAGCUGAAACAACAUGUGAAAAGUUAGCUUGGUCCAAUUAUAGAAGUUUUGUUUGUUUAGUUGUGUCUUCUUUAAUUAUCUCGCUUUAUCCAGAACGUUUGGAGCUUUGCGCAAUUGGCGCGAAAUUUCGAAACGAUUCUACUGCAGCUGAUUUAGUCAGAGAACACCUGGCGUCUGAGCUUAUUUGAAUAUUGGGUUUGUUUGGUUUACUCGACAAACAAAGUUAUUUUUUGCAACUUUCCACUAAUUGGUAGCUUCUUAUCCUUUAUUCAUAUCGUUUCGGAAUCAAACGCUUCAUAUUAUAGUAGUAACACGAAAAACGGGUUAAUUUUGCCCUCUAAAAGCCAGCUGGGGAAACUGGCCGCUAUGGGUUUUCUCUCGUUUAUGGCCCUGAAAUGGAAAUUGCCGUUCGAAAAUUAAACCAAGGCUUCAGAGGCAUUUGUUUUGUAAACCGUUCUGUUUUGGUUACAUCCUAUGACAAGAGUGUUUUUUGUAAUGUGUCAGAGAAGUGAGUAUUAGUGUUAAUAGGACAAAGGCCGGGUGUUAAUAGACGUGUUUUGUGUUUGCUUAGGUCUUAAAUGUCACUAAACUUUUGUCCAAACAGUUAAAAUCUCUGAAAGCGCACUGGACUUUACUGGUUUCUUAACUGUUGAACUUUGAAUUGGAUUUGUUCAAGGUUUUUGAAGUUUUUGUGAUAUUCUAUAUUUGUAAAGCUAAAUUAAUUGAAAUAGUUUAUUGUAAUAUAGGAAAAUUGCCAGCGAAUUUUUUGUGUAUAGUGCAUAAUAUACAAAAAAAAUAAUAAUUUUUCGACUCUAUAAAAGCAUAAUAUUCAUAAUUGAAACGUUUAUAAACCAGAAACUAAGGCGGCGACGUUCCCCUUAUGUCCAGUUCUUUUCUGGGACAGAUAUUACAGUCGAGACAGCUAUAUCGGUUCGAAAGCUUUUAUAGGAUCUGCUAUUCAUACUCUGUGACUUGAGUUGUUUUUUUUAUCAGAUUGUUGGUUAAAAUGUAUUGUACAUCAAUGUGUUAUUAUUAUUAGUCCAAAUAAUGAGUACAUUGCGGGUUAUACCUAUCAAUUGUAAUAGUUAUAUUAAUCCAUUUGGCUGCAAAUGUUUUUGAUUAAAAAGCGUUUAAUUGGGUUUUUGCUUAACUUUGUUAACUUACUAACAAUUUAUAUCGCUUCACAUAACUCUUUUCAGCUUUUGUUUAUGACUUACUUAACUUGAAUAUAUCAACAACAUGAAUCCGAGUAAUUUGGACUUGGAGAACGGGUAUGGUGCUGACAGGCGGAUUCAGAAAGUACCCUCAUGUCACCGGAUAUUUCACGUGGAGAAGAUUGGGCAGUCAUCCCAAAGUAUCCACUCGAAGGAUGACCCAGAUUCAACUCCAUUGUUGGAAGACCAGACUGUUCAACAUCAGAACGAAAGGCUAGACGAUAACUUGCCCAGAAAAGGUCUGCUUUCUUUAGUUGCUUACAAGGAACUUGUUUUGGGGCUUUUGUUAUUCACAUUAAGGCGUCUUAUUUUGGCUUUUUUGAUGGACGAUAUCUGAUAAUUUGUGGAUGACAUUAUUUUUAUGACACAUUAUUUAUUUGGCUUACCAUUAUUACUAAUUUGAGCUUUAGGGGUUUCGAAAAAGCAAUAAUUUAUGAAACAAUUAAAUCAAGGCUUAUUCAUGUGAAAGUACAGACAGUUUAGAGAGAAAAUGUUGACGAAUUGUGUGAUAAGAUAAUUUCUGAUAGGGGGAUGGUGUAGUGGUUAUUAUAAAAAUGUCACGAUCUAGGACGCGAACUCGAGGUCGCUUUCAAUCUUUAUUGUUGUUAAAUUCAGAUGAUCAUGGCUUCAUGGGAUUCGGUUCGUUCCGUCAAAAGCCACGAGAAAACAACUUGGCAUUGUACGAGAAUGAAGCACAAAGCAACUUCUUGAACGCUCUAGUUGGAGGUUACACCACUCCCGGUCCACAGGAGAGAGCUGCUAGCAAGAAUGCCAAAGCGAAGGUAUAGUUCUUAACAAUUACUAUGGUUUUUCUGGAGUCUUUAAAAAUUAUAAUAAACUUUACUAAAUUUUUGAAAGUGGUUAAUGCGUGUUGUUUCAGGCAGAUCUUGGUGUCAUGUUGGGCGUAUAUCUCCCUACAAUCCAACACAUUUUGGGUGUUACCAUGUUCAUUCGUCUGGGCUGGUGUGUUGGCGUAGCUGGAGUUGGGGAAACCUUCGGAAUGUUGUUUUUGUGUUGUUUGUGUGUAAGUUGAUGGUUUUAUCGGCAAUAAUUGGACAUUUUUUACGAAUAUUAUGAAUUAUUAUUCAUUUUUUUAGACGUUCUUAACAUGUAUCAGUUUGUCAGCUGUCGCCACAAACGGUGUCAUCGAAAGUGGCGGUGCUUACUUCAUGAUCAGCAGAAAUUUGGGACCUGAGUUUGGAAGUGCUGUGGGAAUACUGUUCUACCUGGCUAAUACGGUAGCAACUGCUAUGUACCUAGUUGGAGGGGUGGAAAUACUGUUGUUGUACAUAUUCCCGGACCUUACCAUAGGAGGAUCUGCCGUGCACACAGACACCGGACCCAUGGGAAUGAUGACCCACAAUCUUCGACUGUACGGAACCAUUCUAGUCAUCAUCGAGUUUCUGAUUGUCGCUAUGGGUGUGAAGUUUGUACAAUUGUUGGCCCCUGUAUCUUUGGUGUGUGUCAUAUUGUCUAUCUUGGCGGUCUACGCUGGUGCUGUGGAAAAGAGUAUUUAUCCGGAUGCUGGUCAAAAGUAAGGAAUUACUAGUUACUUGGCGCAAAACUUAUAAUUGCAUUCUCGGUGAUCUAUAUUCAUAAGUUUAUUUUAGAGUAUGCAUGAUAGGUCCACGUUUGUUACAAUCCAAGGCGUACAUGCCCGAGAAUGCAACUUUGGACGAACUGUGCGAUUACUGUGUUCCAACGUAAGUGUUUAAUUAAUAGAAGCUUAUGAUAGGAUCUUGUAACAUAACAAGUUUUAUUUCAGAAACCCACAUUUACUUGACAGUUUAUGUAUCGGGAAUAAUGUUACGAAAACGUGUUCACAAAUAUGGAAUAUAUCUGAGUUAGCAUGUGUCAACGGGUUUCCUGGCGGCCAUCACACUUUGAUCGAGAACUUGGGAAGCAGCUAUCCCCACACCGGUGAAUACCUACAAGGAAAAGAAGCCGACACUACUGUUGAGAUCUUCCAAGACGCCAAAACUUCGUUCUUCUUGAUCUUGGCUAUCUACUUCCCUGCGGUAACUGGCAUCUUCACCGGUACGAACAUGUCCGGAGACUUGAAGAAUCCUCAGAAAUCGAUUCCUGGAGGUACAAUCGCUGCUCAAUUAACAACAUCGUUUGUCUACUUCUCUUUGGCUCUAGUAUUUGGAUUCACUAUCACUCCAGAAGUCUUACGAGACAAGUACGGUCAGUCUCUGAAUGGUGGUAUGACGGCUUCAUUGAUGGCGUGGCCUUCACCAUGGGUUCUUCUCAUAGGAUCUUUUCUAUCGACAUUUGGUGCUGCUUUACAAUGUCUUUGCAGUACGUUUUAAUCUUUUAUACAUAAUCAACGAUAGCGGUUAAUGUUUUACAUCUAUUUUUAUGAUUUUAUAGGUGCUCCACGUCUUCUUCAGUCAAUUGCCAAGGAUGAUGUCAUUCCAAUCCUCGCUCCAUUUGCCAAAGUCACUAAAUCCAACGAGCCUUUCAACGGUUUGAUCAUCACUACUAUCAUCGCCGAACUUGGUAUCUUGAUGGGUGCUAUGGAUUCGAUUGCUGCCGUAGUCGACUUCUUCUUCCUUAUGUGUUACGCCUUUGUCAACAUGAUUUGUGCCAUGCAUUCUGUCCUUGGCGCUCCAAAUUGGCGUCCCAGAUACACCUACUACCAUUGGAGCUUGUCUCUUUUGGGAGCCGCCUUGUGUUUCUUUAUCAUGUUCUCAACUCAUAUCGAGUACGCCAUUGCUUCGAUCGUCCUGUGUUUGGUUAUCUACAAGUACGUCGAAUACAAAGGAGCCAAGAAGGAAUGGGGAGACGGAUUCAGAGGUCUGGCAUUGAGUACUGCCCAAUACAGUAUUCAGAAGAUCGAUGAGAACAAGAAGGACGCCAAGAACUGGAGACCUCAGCUCUUGUUGUUACACUCGAUGCCAUGGUCCAAAGAGAUGUUGGAUGUUCGGUAUUUGAACUUGUUGAACUUGGCUGCUCAGAUGAAGGCUGGUAAAGGGUUGACAAUGGUCGUAUCCUUUGUCAGAGGAGAUUCCAGUACCCAGUCAGAUGUCGAAAGAGCUCAGGAAGUAGGUUUUCUUUUUUUGUUGUUUUAUUUCUCUAUUUUAGAAUACAGUUAGUAAAUUAAUGUAAUUAACACCUUUUGUAGAUUAAAAACAGAAUGAAGAAAGACAUGGAUGCCGUGAGGCUUCGUGGAUUCCCCAAGAGUAUUCUGUACAACGAAGACCAGAUCCGUGGAUGUGUCAACACUCUGAUUCAGUCUAUUGGUAUUGGUGGACUACGACCAAACACUUUGUUGCUCAGUUGGCCAACAAAGCCUUCAGAUGACGAUGGAUCGGCUACGAUGGAAUACAACACCUUUAUUGGUACGUAUUUCCUUAAUAACAAUCACUUUGGUUGCAUUAUUUUUUAAAACGUAAUAUGUUACAGACAAACUGUUGGUCGGAACAUUGAACGGCAUGGCAUUGGUUGUCGCAAAGGGAAUCACCGACUUCCCCGAUCGUAAGAUUACCGGUACCAUCGACGUCUACUGGAUCGUCAAGGAUGGUGGUCUAUGUUUGUUGAUCGCUUUCCUCCUCAGACAACACAAAGUAUGGAGAGGAUGCAAGCUUAGAGUCAUGUGUGUAGCCGGAAGCAGUGAAAACAACGUUAAGAUGCGAGAGGUCCUUAAGAAGUACAUCUACGAACUCAGAAUCGACGCUGAAAUCAAGGUAGUGGACAUGAAUGAGUCAUCAGCCACAGAAGAAGCCUUCGUACGAACCUUGUACAUGGAAGACAGAAACAAGUUGUUGCGUGAGUUGCGACAGAACAUGAGAGAAGGAGCUGAUCAUCAGUUGACUACUGGAUCUGUUGACGUAAGUUUCUUUGUCAAUUUGUGCAGUAAUUUUAUACAGACGCUUAAUAAAUUGUUUGUUUUAUAGUCAACCCGCCGACACGCCAGUACCGACGCCGAGACGCCUGGUUCUGAAAACGGAGCCAACAUGGACACAAUCAACUCAACAUCAUCAAGGUUUGAUCAUCUGGAUAAGAAGAAGGUAUUCAAGAUGCAGACUGCCAUUAGAUUGAAUGCCAUGAUGAAGGAGAACUCGACCGAGUCCCAACUUGUCAUCAUCACAUUGCCAAAAGCCCCACGUGGGGAAGAAGGUAAGUUACUGUCCAGUUUUUACAAUUGAUGUUUUUGGUAGAUGAAGGCAGAAACAACAUUCUAAUCUGUCCACUGAAUUGAUUUGAUUUCAGCUGCUCACGACUUCUUCCACUACAUGGAGGAGAUGAGUUCAGGCAUCAAUCGCAUGUUGUUCGUCCGAGGAACUGGAGAUGAAGUCAUAACCGAAUCUUCGUAA